CUCAGUUUAUCAACAAACAACAAUGGCAAACCAUCUUCAAGAUCCCUUAACCACUUCCAUUAAACAAGGUCUAAUAAAAACAGAGCAACAAUUUGACGAAGAAACAUUGAGUUUGCAAGCAGGGAUGAUCUUGUCCACUGCGGGCUUCCCUAUGGUUUUCAAAACGGCCUUGGAGCUUGGCGUCAUCGACACGAUUGCUACUGUAGAGGAAGGCGUAUGGCUCUCGUCUUCUGAGAUUGCACUUCGUCUCCCAACCAAACCCACUAACCCGGAGGCACCGGUUUUAUUGGACCGGAUGCUGGCUUUACUUGUUAGUCACUCGAUCUUAAAGUACCGUAUGGUUGAAGCGGGAGAAAGCGGUCAACCCGGAAAAACCGAGAGAGUUUAUGCUGCUGAACCGGUUUGCAUGUUUUUCUUGAACCGUGGCGGCGGCUCCAGUUCUCUUGCGACUAUGCUCAUGGUAGGCCUAAGCGAAGUCUAUUUCAAGACUUGGACACAUCUCAAAGAUAUGAUAUUAGAAGGAAAGGAUGCAUUCACCUCUGCUCAUGGCAUGCGAAUCUUUGAAUACACUGGUUCAAACAAACGGUUCGGUGAGAUGUUUAACCGGGGAAUGUCAGAAGUUUCUACCAUGAUCAUGAAUAGAGUUCUAGAAGUGUACAAGGGAUUCGAUGAUGUAAACACUUUAGUGGAUGUUGGAGGAGGAUUUGGACACGUCAUAGGUUUAGUGACUUCCAAGUAUCCUCAUAUUAAGGGCAUCAAUUUCGACUUAGCCAAGGUUUUAACUGACGCUCCUCUUUAUCCGGGAGUGGAGCAUGUUUCAGGAGAUAUGUUUAAAGAAAUUCCAAAAGGAGAUGCCAUCAUCAUGAAAUGGAUACUACAUGAUUGGAACGACGAAGAUUGCAUAAAGCUUCUAAAAAAUUGCUGGAGAAGUCUUUCGGAACAAGGAAAAUUCACUACAAGAAAACAGGGUAAUUUCCGACGGACGUACUGACGGAAAUUUGU